UGACUCCUUUCUUCACUUCCGUGAAUGACGUCACACAGAAAAUGUUUGACGGGCUCCUCUGUCUCACGUUAACUCUUAUUAUCUGUGAUGGCAAGUAGAGGACCGAAGAUGAGGUGGUCCUACAAUGCGUUAUUGACACUCCUACCGCUUAUACGUUUGUCGCUGUGUGUUUUAACAGAUGAGAGCAACGGCGAGAAGAUCUACCCCCAAAUCCUCGGUCGCGACAGAAGAAAACGAGACUUGACAUCCUCUAAUGGAGCGGACUUGGAUCCCAGUGUGGAAAUUUCAUUCAGUGCAUUUGGGGAGCAUUACGUCCUGGACCUGCGGAUGAAACAAGGCCUGCUUCCUUCUCGGUACUUUGAGAAACAUCACCAGAAUGAUAGUUCUGUCAUAAUCUACCCCAUGCAAAAGAGUACGCGCCAUUGCUACUAUGGUGGCACAGUAAAAGGCUGGCCAAACUCAUGGGUAGCAGUCAGCACCUGUAAUGGACUCAGUGGAGUGAUGCACGACGGCAAAGAGGCCCACUACAUCCAUCCAAGCUCCUCGGAGCACUGGCUCUUUAAGGCGUCGAAGCUCAAGGUGAAACCCUGGAAGUGUGGCUUCAACCACACCAGGGAAAGAAGGUCUGUUGUCAUUCAACCCCCCUACAACAGUAACGUCAGGUCGCGCUACGUUGAAAUGAUCAUUGUCAACGAUUAUAAAGAGUACGUGAAAAUGAAGAAAAAUAAGGAAGCCGUCCUCGAUCGCAGCAAACAAAUUGCCAACAUUGUAAACGCGCUGUACGCCCCCCUCAACAUAUUCAUCGCGUUGGUGGGUGUCAUCGUGUGGACAGAGCGGGACGAGAUUGAGGUCUCCUCCAACGGCGACACGACCCUGACAAACUUCUUGACCUACAGGAAAGAACACCUGGCCCAGGAGCAUCCAAAUGAUAACGCGCAGCUCAUUACUGAUACUGUUCUAGACAGCAGUGUAGUUGGGAAAGCCCUGAAGGGACCCAUCUGCACUCACGAGUACUCGGGUGGAGUCAACAUGGACCACCACCAGGUGGUGGGAGUGGUGGCAACCACCAUGGCGCACGAACUGGGACACAAUUUUGGAAUGGAACACGACGACAAGGACGUCAAGUGCGUGUGCCCGGAGAAGAGGUGCAUCAUGGCAUCCGCUUCCACCAGUCCUCCCAGCCCAAGCCAAUGGUCCUCCUGCUCCAAGCAUUACCUCCAACUAGCAUUCGAGCAGGGCAUGGACCAGUGCCUGUGGAACCUGCCUGAAGACAUUGUAGGGCCGGUCUGCGGCAAUGGCUUUCUCGAGGCGGGCGAGCAAUGCGACUGUGGGCCUCCACAGAUGUGCAACAACGAUUGCUGCGACGGGACCACCUGUAAGCUCAAGCCCCACGCUCAGUGCGCCAUGGGCGCUUGCUGCGAUUUCACAACUUGUAAGGUGAAAAAAUCUGCCACAUUGUGCCGAGACACCGUUACCGAGUGUGACCUACCAGAGUACUGCGAUGGCCAGUCUGAGUUCUGUCCUGUCGAUGUCUACUUGCAGGAUGGAACUGAGUGUGGAAGGGCGCAUUGCUUCCGUAAGCAGUGCAAGUCCCACGCGGAUCAAUGCCAGGUACUUUGGGGCCCCACGGGCCAGGUGGCCGACAGACAGUGUUUCAAACAAAACGAGCAGGGAAAUGGUAACGGCAAUUGUGGCUACAACCGCAUCAAUAAGAACUACACCAAGUGCCACAAAGACGACAUCAUGUGUGGAACGCUUCAGUGCUACCACUUGAACGAACGCUUGGAAUUCGGCAUGGAAUCUGCAGCGAUACAGGGAAAGGUGUACAUCACAGACAGGGACAGGUCAUACACGUGCCGGUCGGUCAUCAUCGACCUGGGCCUUUACACUUUUGAUCCCGGACUCUCACCCAACGGAGCCAAGUGUGGCAACAACAAGGCCUGUCUCAACCAGAAGUGUGUGCCACUAGAAAAACUGUACGGAGCAAAAUGUCCCUACAAUUGCCACAACAAUGGGGUGUGCAACAAUUAUGGCCACUGCCACUGCAUGGUGGGUUUUGCUCCGCCGUACUGCGACUACCCAGGUCCCGGAGGCAGCGUGGAUAGUGGGCCUGCGUCCGACCCUUCAGCUGGAUACGGCUUCAUGGUUGCCAUGUACAUAAUAUUUUUGUGCAUCAUACCCAUGGCCGCCAUCGCUACGUUUUCCAUCUACUACUUUCGGAACCACCUGAAAAUGUGGUGGGUGACCAAAGCACGCAAGGCAGCGAUCAAGACCCGUGCACAGCAGUUAUCCACUGGCCAAGGCUACCAUCCGGCACCAAAUAAAGACUCGCUCAGUGCAGCCCCCCUGCAUCGUAGCAGUUUUCGAGACGUCGAAAUUUCUCGUCCCGUCCUCCAGAGCACAAGUAACGCUCGCGCUGCACCACGGCCCACACGGCCGGCGCCGCCGAGACCAACGGCCCCGAAGUCUGUCUCUCGUUCGGCUAGUCAACGUAGCACGGGAGCAUCCAGGCCUGUGCAGCCUCCUCCUGGCCCACCCUCCCUCUACGACGACUGUGCCGUGCCGCCUGAACCGCAGUACGCGACACUCGCGAUGCCCGGACCCACUGUGUCGGCCCUGGCUCGACGCUUUGAGCAGUCUGCGGUCAGACUAGAGAGGAGACCGUACGAUGCCCCAGCUUCGUGAAGCGCUCAACGUGUGCGCAGAAAAGCAUCACCACGAAGAACAGAGUGCCCCUCGUUAUAAGAGGGACAGCAACAACAACAAGCAAGAGUGCAUGGCUGGAAAAAUCAUUUUAUUUAUUUGCAUUCUUCAUUCUUGGCCACAGUUUUUGUACUCUGUUAAUGUAACCAACAACUCUGCUUCAAUGAGGCCAAGAGACAUUGACGAAUGACAUUCUCCGCGUGACUAUGAAACGAGAGGAUCUUUGAUUUUCUGUAGCAUGUUGUAAGGUGGAAAUUUUUUGUGGAAGGCUUUUUAAUGAGACAAGCACAAAAUAAUGUUCAAAUUAAUUGAAAUUCGUUCCUCGAACAAAGAGUUGCAUUAACUUAGUUGAGUACCACUACCUUUUAUAUGUGAUGGCCAAUGUUUAUUUGUCAAUGCCCCUAGUGGAUGUAUGUGUGGCCAGCACGCUUCAAUGCAGAUGUGCUUUCACUACCUGCCUGAGACUAGCCAAUUGGGAUAUACCUCACUGUGCCUCAUAGGAAAUACAGUAUGUGAUUUGUUUUUUCUCUAGCUGUGUCAUGCAUGUACAUACAAGAGGCGUCAACUAUCGUGAAAGUGAAAACUAAAUUUAGUUCUUGCCCUGCUAGGAAAGUAUUGGAACGUAUCAGAGAGCAAAUAAAUCUGCUUCGUUGAUCACGCUA